AUGGAAAAUUAUAUAUCUGCCUAUAAUCUGCCUAUAAGGACUGCCACACUCUUUUAUAAUCUAAACAUUAUAGGAUGUGAUGACAAUGAAUUCUCUUGUGAUGGCGGACAUUGUAUAAAAUUUAGUGAAGUGUGCGAUUUUAUAUCCGACUGUGCCGACGGUACAGAUGAAACAUGUGAUUUACAAAAGGCGUUCGACACUGUCGAUCAUAAUAUUUUACUCAUGAAACUUGAUGCUAUGGGGUUUUCUAGUGAUGUUAUUCACUGGUUUAGGUCUUACUUAUCUAGCCGUACACAAAUGGUCAAUGUCUCCGGUGUACUUUCAUCUACCGCCAAUGUAGCUUGUGGGGUACCCCAAGGUUCGAUCCUUGGCACUCUCCUAUUCUUGAUUUAUGUUAAUGAUAUGGAGGCUGUGGUUCGUAAUAAAUUGCUUCUGUGUGCUGAUGACUCAGGUAUUUUAGUAUCAGGUAAAGAUAUCCAGUAUAUCACCUCUCAGCUUACUGAUGAUCUCAGCAGUGUGAGUAAGUGGCUCACUGGUUAUAAACUUUCCUUACAUCUUGGAAAGACAGAGUCUAUUUUAUUUGCGUCUAAACCAAGACUUAGGUCAUGUGAUCAACUAAAUAUUGUAUGUAAUGGUACUACAAUAACAUCCACCAAAUCUGUUAAAUACUUAGGUGCUGACAUAGAUCAAUGUCUAUCUGAUUUCCAAAAGUGUGAUGAAAAUGAAUUUCGUUGUGAAAAUAAACAAUGCAUUCCAUCAGAAAAACGAUGUAAUGCUAAACCUGACUGUUUGGAUAAAAGCGACGAAAAAAACUGUGAGUCCUGCACAAAUUCAUUUCUGUGUUCUGGUGAUUACAAAUGUAUUCCUCUUCGUCUGACGUGUGAUCGCUACCCUGACUGUACAGACAGCAGUGAUGAAUUAACUUGCCAUAGUAAAAUUCCAACAUCUGCUGAUUUAAGGGAUGAAUAUCCUUCUAUGGCAGGUUCGAAAGAUGCCAGUGACGCGUUAUCCAUGAAGCUGUUACAAUAUGUUAAAGUUGCAAGAUAA